CAAAUUCCAAAUACAAACAAGAUGACGUGAUGAUACCGUUAUAUAUGUAUAUAUAUUCUAGUUAAAGGUGGCGUGAUUGUUGUUAUCCUAAAUCCCUCCAGAAUAGCUAAUACUUUCCUCAAAUUUGUCGCACCGUGGGCUGCACUUUGCUAAACAGGAGCUCGUUUAAACGUCGACUAGUGUGUUUUUUUUUUUUAAAUGAUCGCCGUUAGAUUUGUUUGUAGAAACCUUAAGACGUUUUGAUGACAGUGUUACGUUUGUGUCAUACGCUUGUUAUCAUCAUGUCAUAGUUAAAGUUUAGUCUGGCUUAGCUGGUAUCCGAGCCACACGGUUACCAAGAAAAGAAAACUAAGACGCUGUCUGUGGGACUGAGAUCUGAGAUAUGGAGCAGUAUAGUAUCCUGGGUCGGAUUGGAGAAGGAGCCCACGGCAUCGUUUUCAAGGCUAAACACAUCGAGACAGGAGAGACUGUGGCUCUUAAGAAAGUGGCCAUGCGGCGACUCGAGGAUGGUAUCCCGAACCAGGCUUUGAGGGAGAUCAAGGCACUGCAGGAGAUAGAGGACAAUCAGCAUGUGGUCAAGUUGAAGGAUGUCUUUCCUCAUGGUACAGGCUUUGUCCUGGUUUUUGACUACAUGCUCUCUGACCUUUCGGAGGUUAUCAAACCUCUGACGCCAGCUCAGGUCAAAGGUUACAUGUUAAUGUUGUUGAAGGGCGUGGCCUUUUUGCAUCACAACAACAUAAUGCACCGGGACCUGAAGCCAGCAAACCUCCUCAUCAGCUCCUCAGGUCACCUCAAGAUCGCAGACUUUGGUUUGGCUCGACUCUUCAGUGAACAGGAAAAGAGGCUGUACAGUCACCAGGUGGCCACCAGGUGGUACAGAGCUCCUGAGCUGUUGUAUGGAGCCAGAAAGUAUGAUGAAGACAUCGACUUGUGGGCUGUUGGAUGCAUCUUUGCCGAGCUCCUGAACUCAUCUCCUUUGUUUCCUGGUGAAAACGACAUUGAGCAGCUGUGCUGCGUCCUUAGGGUGCUCGGAACGCCAACACAGGAAACAUGGCCUGAAAUGGUAGAUCUACCUGACUACAACAAAAUCACUUUCAAGGAGAAUCCUGCCAUCCCUUUGAAGGAGGUUGUUCCAGACACACCUCCUCAGGCCGUGGACCUUCUCAACAAAUUUCUGGUUUAUCCCUCGAAGAAACGCUGCUCUGCCUCGCAGGCCCUGCUGCAUCCUUACUUCUUUUCCUCACCCCUUCCUGCUCACCACUCAGAGCUGCCGAUCCCUCAGAGAGGGGGUAGACUUCCUCGCCAGCGUCUCCAGGCUCCGACCACUGACUUCUUGGUGGACCUGCCCCUGCAGAACAGUGUGGUAGACCCCUCACUGCUUCAGGGCUACACCUCCUGCUUCUAAGGAGGUGCCAGUCACGUGCAGCUGUUGUUGCUCUUAAAUACGUUUUAAAUAUAUUUACUUAAAUAUUGUUAUCGAUGUAUAAAUAAUCUGUAAUAAAUGCUAAAGCAGUCAGCCCUUAACAUGCUCCAAAUCUGUAAACCCUUUUAUCUUACAUCCCAGAGAUGUGUUUCUAUUAAUCUUAGUUCCUUGUUAGGGGACAUUAUUGUUGGUAUCCAGU